CGAGCGGAAAGUGCGGUGUUGGAGGUACUUGAAAGUUCAUUUUUGGUGGGAGCCUUGAAGGAAUUACAAGAGAUGGAUGUCACAUCGAUUGAGACUGCAAAAUCUUUGCAUCCUAAAACGUACGAUGGUCACAUUCAGUAUGGGACUGCUGGUUUUAGAACGAGAUCAGAAAUAUUGGAUCAUGUCAUGUUCAGAAUGGGACUGUUGGCCGUAUUGAGAUCGAAAAGCAAACGAGCCGCGAUUGGUCUCAUGAUAACGGCCAGCCACAAUGAGGAGCCUGACAACGGAGUGAAACUUGUAGAUCCAGCAGGUGAAAUGUUAGAGGCGUCAUGGGAGAAACUAGCAACUGAGUUGGCUAACGUCGAAGAUGCUAAACUUGUAUCAACCUUGCAAAACAUUGUCAGUACUCAAAACAUUGAUAUCAAUGCUCCUGCAAAUGUCGUAGUUGGUAGAGACACUAGACAGAGUAGCCCUCGAUUGGCGACUGCUGCGGUCGAUGGAAUAAAAGCACUGCAAGGCAUGGUGAAUGACUUUGCCGUUAUAACUACUCCACAAUUGCAUUAUCUUGUAGUUUGUCUCAAUACCAACGAGAGCUAUGGAAUCGCAACGCUGCAUGGCUACUACCAGAAACUUAGCAAUGCUUUCAAAGAGAUACGAGGAAGUUCGCCAAGUUAUAAAAAUUACACUCCAAACCUUGUUUUGGAUGGCGCAAACGGUGUUGGCGCCAUUGCAGUGAGGGAAUUUCAGAAGUACUUAGGUGAUUCUAUUCAAAUUGAACUUUACAACGAUGGAAGUGGAAAGCUGAAUUAUAUGUGCGGAGCUGAUUUUGUUAAAGUACAACAAACCCAGCCAAUGAAUGUACCACAACAACAAAAUGUGAGGUGUGCUAGUAUCGAUGGCGAUGCAGAUAGAGUUGUGUAUUACUACACUGAUGGGCAAAACAAAUUCCAUUUGUUGGAUGGUGAUAGAAUAGCCACGCUAAUAGCGAGUUAUUUUAAAGAAUUGCUUCAAGAAUCUGGACUUGAUUUACAACUUGGCUUAGUGCAAACUGCAUAUGCUAAUGGAGGCUCAACGGAUUAUAUAUCCAAAGUUUUGAAAAUCCCUGUGGCUUGCGUCCCAACAGGUGUCAAGCAUUUGCAUCAUAAAGCUCUUGAUUUUGAUAUUGGAGUUUACUUCGAGGCGAAUGGUCACGGAACUGUCACUUUUAAGGAGAGUGCGUUGGGAACGAUUCGCAGUGCUAUUGCAAAUUUGAGAUUGUCAGAAACUGCAAGAAGUGCUGCUUCCAAACUACUUAACGCUAUUGAAGUGAUAAAUCAAACUGUGGGUGAUGCGCUCAGUGAUGUGCUUAUUGUAGAAACCAUUCUACAUUCGAAGGGAUGGAGUUUGGCAGACUGGGAAAAAAGCUACACAGAUCUUCCAAACAAGCAGUUAAAAGUAAAAGUUCGCGAUCGAAACGUUAUCAGUACAGUAGACGCUGAACGAAAAUGUGUAACUCCUGCUGGUCUACAGGAGAGAAUUGAUACAUUAGUUGCAACAUAUCCCAGGGGUCGUUCUUUUGUAAGGCCAUCUGGCACAGAGGACCUUGUCAGAGUUUACGCAGAAGGUCAGAGUGUUUCUGAGGUACAAAAAUUGGCUGCUGAGGUUUCACUAGCUGUCUAUGAAUUAGCUGGAGGUAUUGGUCCUAUACCAAUUGUUCCAAAUUAAAAGAAAUCUUGAAGUAUUCUAUCCUGAUAACAAAGAUACCUAUGUGAGUUAAUAUAUUUUUGUUACAAAGAAUAAAGACUUGUUGAGUGAUGUGUGAACAAAUAUUACCUAUACCUAGUGAUACGGUGAUGGUAUUGAUUCAAAAUAAAGUAACAAUUACAUAUGUUAUUCAAUAAAU